AUGACUGAUAAUUUUUAUGUCCGACAUUUGGAAAUUGAAGAGGUUGUAGCUGCAAUGGCCGGUGAAGGUGAAAAGUCCUUAACAGCCGGCCUAUUGAAUCCCUCAACCCAAACGAACACGAAACCCGGUCCUAAAAGGAGAAGGUUCCGCCGCUGCAGAAGCGCCCCUCUCUCCGAGUUCCUCCCGGGAGAAAUCGACGGGCCACACGCACCCCCUCGUGGGAGUUCCUUCUUGGACCACCUACACCCCAGCUUCAAAAGAGUAGCCGUUUACCUCAUUGUCUACCUGGCGGCCGGCACCAUUUGUUUCUAUUUCGUCAAGGACCAGAUCAAAGGGGAAAAAAUCGACGGCGUUCUUGACUCGGUUUACUUUUGCAUAGUGACCAUGACGACUGUUGGAUAUGGGGAUCUCGUCCCGAACAGCUCAUCCGCAAAGCUUCUGGCUUGUGCUUUUGUCUUUUCAGGUAUGGCGUUAAUCGGACUCACCCUGAGCAAGGGAGCCGACUACCUUGUUGAGAAGCAGGAGAUACUUGUCGUUCGGGCCCUGCACAUGCGCCAGAGGCUCGGCCCGAGCGAUAUCAUGUCCGAACUGGAAACUAACAAAGCCCGGUACAAGUGUUUCAUGAUGGGGGGCAUUCUUGUGGUGCUUUUUGUGGCCGGGACGGUUUUCUUAUCUACGGUCGAGAAAUUGGAUUUCGUGGAUGCUUUCUAUUGCGUUUGCUCAACGGUCACGACUCUGGGUUAUGGGGACAAGAGCUUCUCGACCAAGGCUGGGCGGGUUUUCGCAAUCUUUUGGAUUUUGACAAGCACAAUUUGCUUGGCGCAGCUUCUGGGCUAUGUGGCGGAGCUCAAUACAGAGAGCAGGCAGAAGGAGGUGGUGAGAUAUGUUCUUACCAAGAAAAUGACAAACGUGGAUCUCGAGUCAGCCGAUGUCGAUGCUGAUGGAAAUGUUGGGGCCGCUGAAUUCAUCAUAUUUAAACUAAAAGAAAUGGGGAAGAUCAGCCAAGAUGAUAUCGCGCCUUUGCUGGAGGAGUUUGAAAACCUUGAUGUCGAUCAAUCUGGAACUCUGUCCACGUGUGACUUGAUGCUCGCCCAAUCCGGUGAAACAUGA